GCAGGCGUCAGCAGCUUGCGAGAGAAAGAGCGGGAGGAGAGGAGACAGAAGAUAGUGACUGCAGUUGCACGUUCCCUCUCGACAUUGGAUCUAUGUUGUUGUAAGAGCAUAUGUAACUGGGUAGAAAGGAGUGGGGUAGAGGAGGUAUACACUAACACACCAAGGAAAGACCUAUGCUUGGAUUUUGCCUCUUUUUUCUUCGCCAAUGCAAAAGGAAAUAUGCAGCGAAGCUUCACCCUCCUGUACACCAGUUUUCUGGGGAUGUGCUUGGGUUCAAGUUUUCCAAGUAACAUCAAUAUAGGGGGACUAUUCCCAACCGAAUCUCACGAAUAUGAUGUGUUUCGGUUCGCGCUCUCGCACCACCAGGAUAUCCCCAAACUGGUGCCGCAGGUGGAUAUGGUCAAGAUGGGCAACAGCUUCUCCAUGACAUAUGCUUUCUGUUCCCAGUUCUCUAAAGGUGUCUAUGCCAUCAUUGGCCUCUACGACAGGAAGACGGUCAACAUGCUGAUGUCGUUCUGCGGGGCGCUGCACGUGUGUUUUGUCACGCCUUCCUUCCCCAUCGAGACGGCCAACCAGUUUGUGAUCCAGCUGAGACCCGAGCUACAGGACACUCUGGUGGGGGUCAUAGACCACUACGGAUGGACCAAGUUCGUCUACAUGUACAGCUCUGACUCUGGCUUGUCUGUGCUGCAGAAGGUCCUGGACACGGCUGCUGAGAGGAGCUGGCUGGUGACGUCUGUCAACGUUGAGACCAUGACAGAGGCCUCAUUCCUCAAGGUGUUUCAAGACCUGGACAAGAGGAAGGAGGGACAGAUCAUCAUCGACUGUGAGACCGAAAGACUCACCUCCAUCAUCAAAAAGAUCGUUGAACAGGGGAAGAAUGCUAAGAGUUACCACUACAUCCUGGCCAACCUGUACAAUAAGACAUACAAGAUGGUAUCCACUCUGCCCCAAGUGGGGGGAAACGUGCUUUGGUGA